CAUACACCACACCCCAAUCCACUCAAACAGAAGGGAAGCCCUUUCUAAGAAGAGUUUGUUGUAGAAAUCUUGAGAUAAAGAGAAGAUGGUGGCAGGAAGUUUCAGUAUUGAGAUGGAGUCUCCAGUGGAGGCAAAAAGGCUGUGGAAAGCAACUGUGGACUCCCACAACUUAUUGCCAAAGCAAGCACCAGGCCUCAUAUCAGACAUCACACUUGUUCAAGGUGAUGGAGGAGUUGGCACCAUUCGACACGUUAAGUUCACUCCAGCUAACAAGGAUUUCAGCUAUGUGAAAGAGAAAGUGGACUUAAUUGAUGAGGCCAACCUGGUCUAUGGUUACAGCCUUGUGGAAGGAGGAAUGCUGGGCCAAAAAGUGGCGUCAGUAAGCCACAAGGUUAAAUACACCCCCAAAGCAGGGGGUGGAGCCAUUAGUACUUAUUCCUGCAACUAUGAUAGCCUCCCUGGUGUUCCCCAUGAUGAAGCCAAAAUUGAGGAGAUCAAGGCCAAUAGCACUGGUUUGUUCAAGCAGGUGGAGGAAUAUCUGAUUGCCAAUCCCACUGUAUACUGCUAGAAUCAUCAUGAUCCCCCUCUUUCUCGAUGGCAGUAGCGCCACUUGCUCAAUAAAAACGUAUAUGUAUCUCAUAGUGAUAAAACUACUAGGAUUCCCCUCUUUCCCAGUAAAAAUAUGUGUCUUAAUUAUACAGACAUGAUCAUGAUCAUGUAAUUAUUCAAUUAUGGUCAUGUAAUUUUGAAAUAUGAGUAUAGUUUGUCUUAUGGUCUUUAUAGAAAAAGGUUUCAUAAAUAUGGAUAACCGAAAUAAUCUAUCAUUUGCUGUAAAUCAGAACUAAAAUUUAUGAUA